AUGGAUGGAGGUGGCUAUAAGCAGCAGAGCUGAGCGUCAGCCCCCUCAGGUCUCAGCUGGACACACUGUCUAAUGGUGUCUUCAGCUUAAAGGCUGCUAAGCAUCAGGAGUGAGAUUCUACAGGCCUUACUGUGUCAAAGAUCCCACCUCCGGGCCAAUGACGCUGAAGCCGGACUUUGUUCUCCUCUGCUUUCCCAACCCAGCCAGAUGAACACACACAAGCUAGAACUUAUAGCAAAGGCUCAGCAUCUGUGCUUGCUGCUCCUCCUGUGCUUGCACCUGGCGUUGGGUGGCGUCCCUGGUCCAUGCCGACAUUCAGUAACACAGGAUCACCUUUUGAGCCUUAAUCGCCUGAUUGACAACCAGUUGGACCAUGGCUGUUUUAUAAUCUAUCCAUUCACAGAACAUCUGAAUUUGAGUAACGUCUGUUAUAUUAAAGCAAGCUUGCCACAAAUCCUCGAGCUUCUGAGGACACAUUUCAAUUAUGUCAGGAAUUCAGACAACAGAAGAUAUGUCAACACCUUGGAAACGGUUAUCUACCAUCUCUAUUCUCAAGGAUGUGUACCUGAAAUCAGUGAAGAGUUUGAGGACAGCCCAGUGAGGUUCAUAAGAAUAGUAGAAAGCUCUCCUAAGGAGGCUUUGAGAAGGGCCAGAGGAGUGAUCCAGAUGUAUUUGAGCCUGAUGACAGAGAGCAUUAGUCCUGUGGACUGGGACUGUCAUGCAGAGUAUGCUGCUGAGGAGGAUUCAGAAUCCACCACUGUUGCUGACACCAGCACCCCAGGGGCAACAGUUUCAGGCCACAGGCACUGUUAGCUUUGGUUUUCACUCAUUCAUUACCAGACUCAUAUUUCCUGUGUGAAGCUGAGCUCUGACAGCAGCUGGUGAUUAUCAGAUGGAGCUGCAGUCCAAAGAUGAACUGUCUUAAAAAAUGGUUUUUGGUCAUAAGUUUGUCAUAACCACUUUCACCUACCGUAACUUGUUUCUCAUUUGUACUUGCUUUUAAAUUUAAUGUUUAUAAAUUUUAGGUCUAAAAAUGCUCAUUUCGUUUUUUUUGUAACUAUUUGAGCUGUUACUGCAACAAUAUAUUCAUUCAGUGCAUUCAGAAGGUUUUCAUACCCCUUUACUUUUUUCACAUUUAUUUUAAAAUUAUUUAAAUUCCUUUUCUCUCCCUCAUCAAUCUAUACUCAAACAUUCU